AUGCUCAUCUCCGGCAUCAAACCUGCUUUUGGGUGUGUCUUUCUGAUGUUGGCUCUCGUUAUUGUUGUUCAAUUCAAGCUUGGGACUUAG